AAAGUGGCUCCGCUCUAGGCUGGUCUCCGGAUUCGUGCAGUAAGCGCCGUCACAAACAACCAUGGCCUCCAGCAAGGGAUCGGGACCUCAGGUGAUCGACAUCUCCAAGCUGAAUUUAGAGCAGCUGACCAACCUCAAGAACCAGCUGGAUCAGGAAUUGCAGUUCUUCAAUGAGUCAUUACAGCAGCUGAAAAUAGCCCAACUAAAAUUCAAUGAGUCUGGAGAAUGUGUCGAUAAGGUCACACCCGAAGUUAAGGGCAAGGAGGUCCUCGUUCCUCUGACCAGCUGUAUGUACGUUCCUGGGACAAUCGCUGAUGCGGAAAAGCUGCUCAUCGACAUCGGAACAGGAUACUACGUGGAACGGGAUGUCCCAGGAGCAAAGGACUAUUUCACCAGGAAGGUCAAAUUCGUCACAGAGCAGAUGGAGAAGAUUCAGAAGAUUGCCGCAGAAAAAAGCAAAUUGAGAGAAGUUGUGAUGGACAUCAUGGAGGUGAAGGUAGACCAGCAACUGGCGGCCAUCCAGCAGCAGCAGGCGGCAACAGGAGCAGCAAAGGCGUAACAGAGUCGCAGCACAGACACGCAAUAUUUAAGGAACGCUGACUGACGAUUAACCGUUAAGAUGUUGCAUCUCAUUGAGUUACAAUAUUUUGUAUGGCCAUCAUGUACCUCUGUUUUUUAUUCUUAACGUUUUUGUUUUGUGGUCUAGUCUUGGAGGGCAGAAUCACAAAAGUGAAUGAGUUAUGGGAGCGAUCUUUAUGUCAGGUUUUUUAUUUUGUUGGAGAUAUUACUCUUCUCUGUGUCUAGAUGUAAUCACCCAAAGAACUGGUAAAGUUUUUUUUAUCAUUAUUAUUGUGAUUAUUAUUACUUUUAUUGCUAGAAUUAUUAUUGCAAUUACUAACAUUUAUUCUAGCAAAAAUGAUUUGCUUUUACCCAAAUUUAGAUUAUUUAGAUAGUGUUUUUUUUUUCUUUAUACUAUUGUAUAUUUGAAAUAUAUUAUGGAAUGAUAUUUCUUGUAAUAGAACAUUUGGAUAUCAACACAACUUCUGCUUUUUCUGUGGCAAAGUUACUUGCCUUUGUUUAGUCCUUAAAUAAAAUCCUACAUCAGAAUACUCA